UGUUGACUCUCCGACUAGCCGUAGAAAGCGAAUGUCCUCAGGACGGAAAAUGUCAUACGUCAAACUGAUGUCGCUGUGCGCCGCGGCUCCAGGCCUGACUUGCGCCACCUGCGAGGCCGUAAAGAAGAACACACAGCCGGCCAUACGCCUUGACGAGCUGCCAUCUUUGUACAGCAGACCCCAGGAGCACUGGCAGCGUGCUGAGCCAGAGCAGGAGGCGGCGGUGGCGAGCCCUCUGGAGCAGAGCGUGGCAUCGCUGAGGCAGUGGGCGCAGCCGUACGCAGACCAGUGUCAGCGAGCACGCCGCACCGCUACUGGCAAAGCUGAGGAAGUGUACAGAAGGCUGGAGCCCACCAUCGACACCACCGUCACCACAGUCAGCGGCGUGUAUCACUUCCUCACUGCUCCUCCCCCGGACCUCUACCCCAGCAUGGCGGCGGUGGGCUUCUCGGGCUUGCUGGGGCUCUACUUGGCCAAAGGGUCAAAGGUGAGGCGUGUGGCGUUUCCUGCGGGCCUCAUGGCCGUCUGCGCCUCCAUGUUCUACCCUCAGCAAGCCGCCUCACUUUUCAAGGUAAGCCGAGACUCUGCAUACUCCUGGGCUCAGCGGGGUCGCGUCGCCGUGGAGACGCUUUGGAAAGACCCGCCCUCUGGCAAAAAGAAGCCUGACAAGACGGAGCGGCGGGAGAGCGGCAGCAGCUGAAGGCGGACAGAAAAGAAAAAGUCAUCUUCUUGCUGCGUGGAAGGAAAGGUCUGCCAGGUGUCUUGACAAAAACACUGACACACACACACAUCACUUUACUGAUGUUUUUGGUUUGUCACUUUGAUUGUUCUGUGUGGUUUGGAUGUGAAUAACACACACACACCUCUUUUCAUCACUUUACUGAUGUUUCUUGUUCGGCCACUCUUGGAAAAAGUCACUCACAUCCAAACUACAAAGUCGUUUGGACGUGAACAAACACACACACACACACACACACACACACACCUCUUCUCAUCACUCUACUGAUGUUUCUCGUUAAGCCACGCUUGAAAAAGUCACUCUUUGCUCAUUUAAAGGCCUACUGAAAUGAGAUUUUCUUAUUUAAACGGGGAUAGCAGGUCCAUUCUAUGUGUCAUACUUGAUCAUUUCGCGAUAUUGCCAUAUUUUUGCUGAAAGGAUUUAGUAGAGAACAUCCACGAUAAAGUUCGCAACUUUUGGUCGCUAAUACAAAAAGCCUUGCCUUUACCGGAAGUAGCAGACGAUAUGCACGUGACGUCACUGGUUGUAGAGCUCCUCACAUCUGAACAUUGUUUAUAAUCAUGGCCACCAGCAGCGAGAGCAAUUCGGACCGAGAAAGCGACGAUUUCCCCAUUAAUUUGAGCUAGGAUGAAAGAUUCAUGGAUGAGGAAAGUGAGAGUGAAGGACUAGAAAGAAAAAAAAGACAGCGCAGUGGGAGCAAUUCAGAUGUUAUUAGACACAUUUAUUAGGAUAAUUCUGGAAAAUCCCUUAUCUGCUUAUUGUGUUACUAGUGUUUUAGUGAUAUUAUAUGGUCGUACCUGUACAACCUGAAGGUCGGCCCCACAGCUUUCUUCAGCACCAGUCGACGGGUGGUGGCGAUGCCCAUCUCUGCCCUUCGCAAGGGACCCUCUUCGAAACACGAUCUUUUGAAAUGAUCGCUGCAUAAUACACUGUACUUUGUGUGUGUGGUCCAAUCCAACCGUGUUCGCUUGACCGCUCUGUUCCAUAGUAAAGCUUGACUGUCAUCUUUCGGGAAUGUAAACAAUGAAACACCGGCUGUGUUUGUGUUGCUAAAGGCGGCCGUAAUACAUAGCUUCUCGCCUACAGCUUUCUUCUUUGACGUCUCCAUUAUUCAUUGAACAAAUUGCAUAAGAUUCAGCAACACAGAUGUCUAUAAUACUGUGGAAUUAUGCAAUGAAAGUAGACAACUUAUAGCUGGGAACGAUGCUGGAACAAAAUGUCCUCUACAAUGCGUGACGUCACGCACACGAGUCAUCAUACCGCGAGGUUUUAGCAUGAUAAUUCCACGCGAAAUUUAAAAUUGCAAUGUAGUAAACUAAAAAGGCCGUAUUGGCAUGUGUUGCAAUGUUAAUAUUUCAUCAUUGAUAUAUAAACUAUCAGACUGCGUGGUCGCUAGUAGUGGCUUUAAGUAGGCCUUGGAAAUGCUAUUGCAAAAAUUAAAAAUAACAUUAAAAACAUUGGAAUGAGGUGAAAUCUUACGAGAAAAAGUUUCAAUGUUGACACAAAGCUGCCAUGCAGGCUGUUUUUUUUUCCUUUUGUCUUUAUUUUACCAUGUAAAAACUAUCUUUACCAUGAAUUGAUUGACGAGGACCCCGACUUAAACAAAUUGAAAAACUUAUUGGGGUGUUACCAUUUAGUGGUCAAUUGUACGGAAUAUGUACUGUACUGUGCAAUCUACUAAUUACAAGUUUCAAUCAAUCAUUUAUUUUUUUUGCCAUUGGCGGCAUAGCUCGGUUGGUAGAGUGGCCGUGCCAGCAACUUGAGGGUUGCAGGUUCGAUUCCCGCUUCCGCCAUUCUAGUCACUGCCGUCGUGUCCUUGGGCAAGACACUUUACCCACCUGCUCCCAGUGCCACCCACACUGCUUUAAAUGUAACUUAGAUAGUGAGUUUCACUAUGUAAAGCGCUUUGAGUCACUAGAGAAAAGCGCUAUAUAAAUAUAAUUCACUUCACUUCACAUUGUUAAAAAAAAAAAAAAGACAAAAAAAUCCAUGUUUUAAUGAAUUAUUUUCAAAGCUCCAAUUAGUUCAAAUAUUUCCCUUUAAAAUGUUUUAUGUGGUUAAUAUUGCACAUACUGGGUAGUUGCCAUAUAAAAACUAAGUUUUCUUUGACAAAAGAACAUAAAAAAGACAAAAUAAUAGUUUAAAUAUAAAAUUGACAGAUAUAUCUGAAGUUGAUCUCGUAACUUAAGUGUUGAAAGUUUUUAAAAAAAAUCUUAAUAAAAAUGUAUCACUUUCUCACGGUGGAAGAGGGGUUAGUGCGUCUGCCUCACAAUACGAAGUUCCUGCAGUCCUGGGUUCAAAUCCAGGCUCGGGAUCUUUCUGUGUGGAGUUUGCAUGUUCUCCCCGUGAAUGCGUGGGUUCCCUCCGGGUACUCCGGCUUCCUCCCACUUCCAAAAACAUGCACCUGGGGAUAGGUUGAUUGGCAACACUAAAUGGUCCCUAGUGUGUGAAUGUUGUCUGUCUAUCUGUGUUGGCCCUGCGAUGAGGUAGCGACUUGUCCAGGGUGUACCCUGCCUUCCGCCCGAUUGUAGCUGAGAUAGGCGCCAGCGCCCCCCGCGACCCCGAAAGGGAAUAAGCGGUAGAAAAUGGAUGGAUGGAUGGAUGGAUGGAUAAUUCUACUUAGUGGUAUUUUAUUUAUCUUUUCAAUGUGAUUACUCAAAAAUAUAAAAUAAUUAAAAUCAAUGGAGUCCUGCAUUAUUGAUCUUUUAGGGUUCUAAUUACUAAAUACUGCAUAUUUCAGUUUUACUAUGAAAAACAAAGUUGUUUAUGCCAGAAAAGCCAUAAAACCUUUAUUUUUUAUUUUUUUCAAGUUGAUACAGAGAUUUACUGUAAGCGUUAAAUAAAAAAUAAUAAUACAAAUAUGGCUUAUUUUUAACAUUUUAAUAACUGAGACCCAUUAUGGUUCCCGGGACCCUUAAAGCAGUGGUCCCCAACCACCGGACCGCGUGGCCCGAUUAGUUCCGGGCCGAAAAAGAAUUUUUUAUUCAUUUUUAUAAAAAAAAAAUAAAAAUAAAAAUUAAAAAAAAAUUUUUUUUUUGUAUUAAAUCAACAUAAAAAACACAGUAUACACUUACAAUUAGUGCACCAACCACAAAAACCUCCCUUUUCAGUGACAAAAACGUCCCUUUUUCAUGACAAAGGAAAAAAAAAAAAAAAGGAUCCCCCCCCACCCGGGCCGCGGGACAAAUUAUUAAGCAUUGACCGGUCCGCAGAUACAAAAAGGUUGAGGACCACUGCCUUAAAGGUAAAAUACAUGUUAAACGCCUACUGAAAGCCACUACUAGCGACCACGCAGUCUGAUAGUUUAUAUAUCAAUGAUGAAUAUUAACAUUGCAACACAUGCCAAUACGGCCUUUUUAGUUUACUAAAUUGCAAUUUUAAAUUUUUGCGUGAAGUAUCCUGUUGAAAAUGUUGCGGUAUGAUGACGUGACAUAUUGUAGCGGACAUUUUGUUCCAGCCCCAAUCCCAGCUAUAAGUCGUCUGCUUUAAUCGCAUAAUCACACAGUAUUUUGGAAAUCUGUGUUGCUGAAUCUUUUGCAAUUUGUUCAAUGAAUAAUGGAGACGUCAAAGAAGAAACAUGUAUUUGGGAAGCGGUGUAUUGCAGCUGCCUUAGUAACACAAACGCACCCGGUGUUUCCUUGUUUACAUUCCCGAAAGAUGACGGUGAAGCUUCACUAUGGAACAGAGCAGUCAAGCGAACAUGGUUCCCUACCACAUUUCAACCGGCAGGUUUUAGGGAGAAAAUUGUGGUAAUAAGUCUGCUCUUACCGUAGACAUGAGCGGAGAGCUUGCGUCGUUCCUCGUCAAAGAGGCAGCUGCGGUAUUAUGUGUGCGACCUGACCGAAUGUAGCGGACACCUGUCAAAGAGGCAGCUGUGAACUCUCUUGCCUCCUCCGACCAGCCGCCCCCGAACGUGGGAUGCUUCCACCGUGGAGGGGGGGAAUCUCAACAGCUGCCUUCGCUUUGCCUCGUCGAUAAACGUGGCUUCCCUCACCACACCCGUGGCCACACCCCUCCUCCGAAUUUCAGGUACGACCAUAUAAUCUCACUAAAACACUAGUAACACAAUAAGCAGAUAAGGGAUUUUCCAGAAUUAUCCUAGUAAAUGUGUCUAAUAACAUCUGAAUCGCUCCCACUGCCCUCGUUGUUUUUUUUUUCUUCUCUAGUCCUUCACUCUCACUUUCAUCCAUGAAUCUUUCAUCCUCGCUCAAAUUAUUGGGGAAAUUGUCGGUCCGAAUCGCUCUAGCUGCUGGUGGCCAUGAUUGUAAACAAUGUUCAGAUGUGAGGAGCUCCACAACCCGUGACAUCACGCUCACAUCGUCUGCUACUUCCGGUACAGGCAAGGCUUUUUUAUUAGCGACCAAAAGUUGCGAACUUUAUUGUCGAUGUUCUCUACUAAAUCCUUUCAGCAAAAAUAUGGCAAUAUCGCGAAAAGAUCAAGUAUGACACAUAGAAUGGACCUGCUAUCCCCGUUUAAAUAACAAAAUCUCAUUUCAGUAGGCCUUUAAAAAUCCAUAUAUUUUGUUAUGGUUUGAAAAUGAAAAAUAUCAAAAUGGCCCCCGCAUGCUUUCAUUUUUCCAUGUGCGGCCCUCAGUGGAAAUAGUUUGGACACCCCUGACUUAAAGUGAGCAAAAAUAUAUUUUGUCACUGACCUCCAAAUUAUUUAUUGUGUGGUUAGGAUGUGAGUUACACAAGAGCAAACACACACAUUCAUCACUUUACUGAUGUUUCUUGUUCGGACACUCUUGGAAAAGUCACUCUUUGCUCACUUUGAAUAUUCUAUUGUGUGGUUUGGAUGUGAAUAACACAUGAGCAAACACACACAGCUUAAUUCUUUCUUCUCACGCACAUUCCCACGCAGCCCUUCUAAAUGGCUUCUGUGUCAAAAUGUGCGAGAAGGAUUUCUGCUCUCAAAUGCUACAUUUUAUUUAAUAAAAGACCGCUCAUUGUUCACCUAA